CCAAAGUUUUUUUUUCUUUCGUUCAUUUCCAUAUUUCAUCAUUAUAUACGAAGAAAAAAAGUGUAAAAAAAAACUACGACGCCUUGUAAACACGACCAAGUUUUUUUCGUUGUUGUUGUUGUUGUUGUUGUUCGUUCGUUCAAUAUUGAAACAUAACAACAACAACAACAAGAAAAUUGAAUAUUCCAUGUGUGUGUGUGUGUAACGUAAUAUCAAGAAUUUAGAUUCGUUACAUUCGCUAAAAAGAAUUUACCGUUGAAAAUUUUAUAACCGAAAAAAAUGGUGGUGUUUUAUGGUGAAAUGUAAUGAAAUCUGUGUGUGUGUGUGUAUGUGCGUGAUGAUUUGAUUCUUUUGGUGAUUUUUCAUUUGUUAUCUUUCACAAAGGGGAAAAGAAUCAGAAUUUUUUUUUGCACAUCAAUUGAUUCUGAUGAAUGAGAAAAAACUGCAAAAAAAAUUCCAAUGAUUAUUCCGCAUUGUUUAUUCUGGUUGACAAAUAUAAACGAAUUGGUUGCCAAAAAAAAAAAAAACAAAAAAAAAACUAGAGAAACGUAAACAUAAACAAAACAGACAACGCAAACACAGACCAACAAAAUGCCAUUAUUACAAACACGAUCAUCAUCUGAUUUGAUUAAUAAUGACAUCUAUUAUAAUGAUCAACAAUUUCUUAUCAAUGGUAAUUUUAAUGUUACCACCAAUAGCAAUGAACAACAACACCAUAGACGACAGCAAUCAUCAUCAUUGCAGAAUCAAUCAAUCAUCAUCAUCAUCAUGGUUGUUUGCACAAAUGGAUCGAAAAACAUUGUCAAUUAUCUAUACAGUUCUAUUAUAUUAUUCAUUUAUUGCUGUGGGAUUGUGUGCAUCCAUAUUUAAUCCAACAUUAUUACAAUUGAGUCAUGUAUUCCAUACGGAUUUACAAACAGUUUCGGUUAUAUUUCCAUUACGUGCAAUUGGCUGUGUGGUUGGCACAUUGACCAGUAAGUGUGUUUUGUUGUUUUGGAUUUUUUUUUCAAAUUGAUUUAUCAAUGAUUAAUCGAUUUAUUUGAUAUUCUAAUUGGUCAUAAUUUAGAUGGACUUUUGAAUUCAUAUUUUAAUCGUCAAAUAUUAUUGGUCAUAUUUCUAAUACUUAAAGCAUUGACCACAUUUCUUGUACCACAUUGGACUGAAUUGAAACAAUUUUAUGUGAAUGCAUUUUUCAAUGGAUUUUUUACCGCUGCUGUUGUUGUUAUGGUCAAUGUUUGGAUCAAUGAAAUGUGGUCAUGGUCAUCAAGAAAAUCUUAUCGCCAGAAUAAUCAUGUUGAUGAUGAUGAUGGUGAAAGAAGAAAUAACGAUGAUGAUGAUGAUAAAAAAAUCACGUACAAUAAUAUGGGCAAAUGUUACAAUGCAAGCAUUACAUUUUUUCUUUGGUUUUGGCACCAUACUUGGUCCAUUGAUUGCUGAACCAUUUUUAUUAAAUCCAUUCAAUGGUUUUGAUGAUCGUUUUGUUGCCAAUAAUCUUGUAUGGCCAUAUACAAUAUCGGCAAUAUUGGCAUUAUCAUCAGCUGCAACUAUAUUUAUCAUGUUCAUUCUCAUACCAUAUGAUCAAUCAUUGUCGAAAAAAAAUCAAAAAUCCAAUCAAAACUUGUUGCAUGAACAAGAAUCUGAUGAUCAACAACAAUUACAACAACAACGUAAUGAACGUUUAUUUCGUUAUUCUGUCGUUACAUUGGCCGCAUUAUUUUUAGCAAUGUAUUCAUUUUCUGAAUCAACUUAUCUACAAUUUUCAGCAUCAUUUUGUUCAAAAAUUAAACUUAAAUUAACACAAUCACAAUCGGCAUUAGUAUCAUCAUCAUUGGCCAUUUCAUUCACAGCGUUUCGUGGUGUCAGUGCAUUUGUUGCAUUGAAAUUAACACCAAUCAAAAUGAUUAUUAUCGAUUUCAUUACAAUUACAAUUGGCAAUCUUUUUGUAUAUUUUUUAGCCGACACAAAAAUCAUUGGCCUCAUUGUUGGUUACAUAUUAUUGGGUGCCGGUUUUAGUUCCGUUGUGCCUAGCCUGUUUCCAUUAUUAGAACAACGUGGCUACACUGUUACCGAUUGGAUUGGUUCUAUAAUCACAUUUUCAGGCGGUGUUGCACAAGUACUAGCACCAUUUGUUAUUGGCAUUUGGAUUGAUCAUAUACCUUAUAUAUUGGUUUAUUUUACAUUUUUAAGCAUUAUAACAGCAACAUUAAUGUUUAUGAUUAUGUUUUUAUUGAUGAAAUUUGAUCAAAAACAACGACAACAACAACAACAAAACCAGCAGCAGCAACAACACCAGCAG